CUGCAGGCCAGACCGUAGAAGAAGGUAUGAGCGCUAGCGUCUGACUGACAGCUAAGUGGCUAGCUCGGUGCUAGCAAGGCAAUACUAAUGCUUGUUCCCUUAAUUAUUGACUCGAUAUGGGCAAGAGAGACAAUCGAGUGGCAUACAUAAACCCUAUAGCAGCUGCUCGGGCCAGAGGACCUGCCCAGAACUCAGGACCAACCAUACAGGAUUACCUGAGCAGACCUCGACCAACAUGGGAAGAGCUGAAGGAGCAGCUAGAGAAGAAGAAAAAGGGCUCUCGAGCCCUGGCUGACUUUGAGGACAAAAUGAACGAGAAAUGGAGGAAAGAGCUAGCUAAAAACAGAGAAAAAAGGCUCGGUGACAAAGAAAGGGACAAAAAAUCAGUGGACAAAGAAGAGAAGAAAGCCAAAAGAGAGAAAAAGAAGAAGGAGAAGAAGAAGUCUAGCAGGCAUUCUUCAUCUUCCUCCUCUUCAUCGAGUUCUGAUUCUUCUAGCAGCUCCUCCUCCGAGUCUGAAGACGAGGAUGAAAAGAAGAGCCUAAAGAAGAAGCGUAAGAGAAGGAAAUCUUCAGCCAGAAGAGCGUCGGACUGCUCCGAGGAAGAAUCUGAUGCUGAAAGCAAGAAAAGGAAGCGAAUCAAAGAGGAGGGAGAUAAAGACAAGAAUGAGAAGGAAAGGAGGAGGAAAAGAAAAUCUGAGAGAAGUCACAAAGACUCGUCCUCGGAUUCGUCUGUUGAAUCGAGUGGAGAAGAGCCCGAAGCAAAGAAGAAAAAGAGAAGUAGUGAGGAGAAGGAGAAAUUCACAGUCAAGUUGAAGAAGAAGAGGAAAAAGAAGCACAAGAAACACGGCAGGAAAAAGAAAAAGAAGGCAGCGUGUCAGUCGGACUUGGAGCUUGACUAACAGCCGUAGUUUACAGCUCUCCUGAUAAUUAACUAGUGGUGUCGUUUUUGCCUUUGCGUUGCUAAACCCCACUCCCCCCCCCAGCUUCUGUCAUCACUUGGAGACCCCCCCAGACCCAAAACACUGGAGUUCAAAGGUUGAAGUGGAACUGAAGGGGUCACAGCACAUCUGUGCUUUUUUUAUGCUUUUUGUAAAAUGUUUUUGAGCUACACGACAAGACCGAGGUGUUUUUUGUUUUUUUUCUUUCUUCACCCAUUGGAUGUUUACCACCAUUAUGCUGGCCUUGAACCCCCCCCCCCCCCCCACCACCACCACCACCACCAAU